GUUUAUUUAGAUUGAAGUUACAAUGUUAACUUGACGUAUAGGUAAUGUAAAGUAUUGAGUGUUAUAUUUGUAAGUGGAAUGGACAUGGAAAACGGUGCCUUAAAGUAUGGGAGCAAUCACAAUAACAAUGAUAUACUUGAAGAAAAACUGGUUCUAUCGUUGGGUGCGACGGGCGGUCACAAGGGAACAACACAACCAUCUCCUCCUUGCACUAUCCUGCACCAUUCUCCUUAUAAGGCCGCUUGGGAUUGGCUGAUUCUAAUACUAGUGAUAUACACUGCCAUAUUUACACCAUACGUAGCCGCAUUUCAACUUAAUGAACCUGACUUCGACAAGAGAUCCCGGGCUUUUGGCCAGGACCCUAUUGUUAUUAUCGACAUGAUUGUUGAUGUGACGUUUAUAAUCGAUAUUCUUAUCAACUUUCGAACGACCUAUGUGAAUGCUGCCGACGAAGUUGAAUCCGACCCGGGCAAGAUCGCAAUGCAUUACUUACGAGGAUGGUUUCUUAUCGACCUGGUCGCUGCCAUACCCUUCGACCUACUUCUCUUCGGCACCGAUACUGAUGAACAGGGGCUGGAAAGUGAUGAGACAACAACGCUAAUUGGUUUACUUAAAACAGCACGUUUGUUGCGUUUAGUUCGGGUUGCGAGGAAAAUAGACAGAUACUCGGAAUAUGGCACCGCCGUGCUGCUGCUCCUCAUGGCUACCUUCGUGCUCAUCGCUCAUUGGUUGGCAUGUCUGUGGUAUGCGAUUGGUAGCUGGGAACGACCACAACUUCAUGCUCCUAUUGGAUGGCUGGAUGCACUAGCCAAUGAUGUACAAGCUUCUUAUAAUAACUCAACAGGACCUUCUAUGAGAUCUAGAUACAUCACAGCAUUAUAUUUUACUUGUACUUCCUUGACGAGUGUUGGUUUCGGAAAUGUGGCGCCGAACACAGAUAUGGAAAAAGGCUUUACGAUAUUCGUAAUGCUUGUUGGAUCUCUUAUGUACGCCAGUAUUUUUGGUAACGUAUCGGCGAUCAUACAACGCCUUUAUUCGGGAACGGCCAGAUACCACACGCAAAUAUUGAGAGUUCGAGAGUUUAUCCGGUUCCAUCAGAUAACGAACCCCCUGCGGCAAAGGCUAGAAGAAUAUUUCCAGCAUGCUUGGAGUUACACGAACGGUAUUGAUACCUCCAGUGUUCUGAAAGGAUUUCCCGAAUGUCUUCAAGCCGACAUCUGCUUACACUUGAACAGAAACUUGUUGGCGAGCUGUUCAGCUUUUGAAGGCGCUAGUCCCGGAUGUUUGAGGGCGCUGUCUUUGAGGUUCAAGACGACGCACGCACCUCCCGGAGAGACCCUGGUGCACCGUGGUGAUGUUCUCACGUCCCUGUACUUCAUAUCACGAGGCUCCAUUGAAAUCCUGAAAGACGACAUUGUGAUGGCCAUAUUAGGAAAAGAUGACAUCUUUGGUGAAAAUCCUUGCGCUCACGGGACUGUGGGGAGGAGCAACUGUCGCGUACGAGCUCUGACGUACUGCGACCUGCACCGAGUGCACCGGGAUGACCUGCUGGAUGUGCUGGAGUACUAUCCUGAGUUCAGAGCCAUGUUUGUGAACAGUCUUGAGAUCACCUACAACAUGCGAGACGAAGAGCUUAGCGGUAUCGAACCGAAACGGAGAAUGCGCUACGAGAACCCGAGCGAAGCGAGACUGCUACGCGAGGCCUACGCGCGCUCCACACGACGACCUCACACCGAAACAUUUGCGGAUAAGGACUCACAGUGCAGUGAUGACGAUACGGAGACGCCGCCAAGCCGAGGUAUUUUAGAGUUUACUACGGAUAAGGCUGGACAGGACGUCACUCCGCUUAACUUUAAUUUCAGUAAACAACGAUCUUCGACACUCAACUCCAUAACAGGCAUGCUUGCGCACUUAAAACGGAGCUUCCCAGACCUCUACCACCAUAAAACGCACCAGCCGCUGCACAACAAAUACUCUCAGUCGACGCCGCAGACGUAUCGGGGUCGCGCGGCGGUGCGCCGUCAGUCCUCGGUAGGACCCCUCAAUGACACGUCUCCUCUGACGUCAGCGGCCGCCGGAGAGCCCGCUGUCAGCACACCGGCUCACAGCAAUACGCUGCCGGUCUCGAGCCUGAGUACAAACCCCAGCUCGUACUACACGAACGCGUCGCCCAGUCCACCGGUGCCUGCGCCCGUCCACGUCUCUUGUGACGACAUCCUCGCUCCCUCGGUACCGCAAUCAGCUGGUCGCACGCCAUCGUCUAGAUCGGCUCCUCAUUCAGCUGUCAACCUGCACAUGACCGGUCGACCCACUGCCCUUCUAAUGAACGCGGAAAGAGCUCACAAUGGGCAGGACUUUAUAUCACCUCAGUAUCAAAACGUCGGUGCAGCCUCUAACGGCGCUUCAAUUACAACGGUUCUGACAAGGUUAGAAGAAAUAAGUCGCCGGGUCGCUGUCCUCGAGAACGGACUCACAGCUGAUGUUCGAAGAAUCCUCCAACUGCUGCAAGGUCGCGACGUAGGUGGCGUGUAUCACACCACCGCCGCGGCUCAUACUCCUUCGCAACCAUUAGCCAAAGCAUCCUUGUCGGUACCACACAAUAAUGAGAGCCAGUGGGAGUGGGGCUGGAGCGGACGCGCACCGGGCGUGCAGCGGUCGGCGUCGGAGCCGCACGCGCCCGUACCGCCGGCGCCACCGCCGCCGCACUCGCACUCGUUCCACAGGUAGUGCGAGGCCCGCGCUCGGCCGUCCACCCGCUCGCCGGCCGAGUCCGCCUCGUGCGACUCGCUGCGGGCGCCCGCUCGCACCAGGUUCCACUUCUGCCGGCACAUCACCCAGCCCCGCGACGACGCCCGGACCUUCCUCUGAUCACUGAUGGACCAAUUUUUUACUUGAACGCCUACCGGGUCAUCUUAGCGAUUUUAAAGUGCAUUCGCUCGUCCAUUUAUAGAAACUCUUUCAAAAUUCAACCGAAUUUUAGACAGAUACUAACGUGUUGUUGAAAUUGACGUUGAAUAGUUAUGGACGAAAAUCGGUGAACGUGUCGAGUGCUUAUUGUUUCGUAACUGGAAAUAUUUAGUGAUAUUCAUCAACAUCAGCUUACGCCUAUUUCCAUAAGUCAUGAGCUAUUAAAUUUUAUAGCUUCUGUUUUACACUAUAAGUUUCAUCCCUUCUUGAUAUUUGAUACAUAAGUACUUACAUAUUAUUAAUAAAAUUACGUAACCGUAGGUUCAGCCGCGCAGUAUAACAAACAUUUACCAAUAUGAUGUACAUAAGACUGAGGCACUACGUACUCGUUAGACCGUGAACUGUUUCCAGAGAGAGUAAACGACAAACGCUUUCAACCCGUCCUUGGUCCUUGCCUUUACAAUGUAGCAGUAGUAGGUAAUAUCGAACAUCACUUAGGUGACAUCGUACCUACUCCUUGUUGAAGUGCGUUUAUUGACAUUGACAUAGUUAUAGGAUAAAAAACAAUCGUGCUGAGUUCAGUAUUGCAUAAAAUAUUAGGCAUUUAAUUGUAAUAUUUUUGAAUAUAUAAUCAAACUUUGACUGAGAAAUCUUUACUUAUUAAUACAUAUAUAUUAUUUUAUAAAAGCAAUAAGGCGGCGUACGUAAAUUCUACAAAAUAAUAAUUAAUUAUGAAUAAGUGAGUACUUAAGCUAAAUUAAUUAAAGUUUCGAAAUUAUCUUAGCUGUGGCUCAAACGUUAACCUUUGCAAAGCGCAUCAAAUUCAAUAUCGCUAAUUACAAAUAAUAUUAAUAUCAUUCUAAGCAAUAAUAAGAUCACUCUGUAGUCUAUACCUACGUGUACUUUAUAAAAACUGUUGUUAACUUCGUUAUAAUUAAUAAUUAUAUAUAUUGAUACUAACUUAGAUAAGGCUUCAUACUGAGGUAUUUAAAUGGGAAGACGCAUUGGAUUAAAAGCAUGAGCUUCAUUUUAUGUUUCCUCUAAUUUAUUGUGUCUACGCUUAACCCUAUCGUAAGUAAUUUAAAUUCUACAAACAGUGGUUAUUUAUAUACAAUAAUAUAUUGAGUUAAUACACAUUUAACCGGAACAUAAAUGGAGUCGAAAUAGCUAGUGAUAAUCGGUUAUUAGAUUGAAAUAUGCUUUAAAUCAUAUUAAUAACCUUAUAAAUAUGUAUGUAUUUCUCAUAAGGAUGUGCUUAGUCCAUUUUCGAGCACAGUGAUGACAACAUCGGCAAAUCAAUCUCAAAACGAAUAAUUAGGUCCGUAUUCCAUAAAACCUCUCAGUGCCGUAUUGCUAAGAUUGACUCAAUAGGUAUGUAAUCCGUGAUCAAACAUGUUUUGCUACAGUUUUUAUCACUGGGCAUAAAAGAGACAGAAAAUACCUAAUUGAUCACGGUUUACGUAUUGAGAACUUUUGGAAUACUGAACUCAAUCUAACAUCAAGUUUAUUGUUAACCCUGUCUCCAUAACUGCGCAUAAGGAAGAGAACAUAUACUUGAUCAUGGACAUUUUGAGACAACAUCUAGAAUAUGGACCUAAUUCAAGAUCACAAGCAUAUACUUCUAUUUUCACUAAAAAUUUGCUAAACGUAUUUUUACUUUACUGUACCUACUUACCCCCUCGCACAUGCGUCCAUUUUAACAAAUACUUUUAUAAAAAUAAAUUGUUAAAAAGCAUAUUAUUAUAAAUCGGACUUAAUUUGUGAGCUUAAAUAUUUAAACAAUACAAUUUUUACUAUGACAUUAUUAAAUAUUUUUUAUUUGAAAUUAUUAAAAUGUACAAAUCAUUGUACAUUUCGUUUAUGUUUUUAAUUUACAUUUCGGUUCUACAACCUACGUAGAUCCUUCUAAUUUACUUGAAUUAAAUUAAAUUAAUGUGUUAUUAUACAAUUACAAUAGUUAUAUCAGUAGGCAUAAGUCUUUGAUUAUAAGUGGAUGUCAGCGCGCCUGCUCUAUAUAGGUACCAACAUACUAGAAAACGCAAUAUGCAGUGCGGCCCAUAAACUACCUAUUACUUGCUACGAGAGUAGAGAGAGAAUAUAACUUAAUACGCUGGCGUUAUCUUGUUGGAGCCAGUGCGCGGACACCUAUCUAUAAUCUAUGGACCCAUGUUAUUAUAAUUCUAGUAAAAACAAUAUGCUUUCACAAAAAAUGUACUGGCUUAUAGAUUCUUCAUCUAACAAACAAAGGUAGGUAUGCAUUUGUUGAUAAAAAAAGACAGGUCACAAUCACCCGAAAGAAAACUUAUCUAGUUUAGAAACACUCACCAUUAAAUCGUGGUUCUUGUAGAUAUAAUGUAGGAAUAUUUAUGCAAAUUGGUCAAUUGUGAUUUAGAUAGUUUAUCUAAACUUUGACUCAAACACUAUAUUAUGAGUAUAGAAAUCGCUGCUUGGCUGUAUAGUAGUGUUUACUUACCGAACGCAAGCAUUAUAGUAGGUAUCUGCUUUAGUAGAAUUAGAGCGUUGAUUGUAAACUAAUUGUAACAAUAACGCAAUACUAUAGUACUUAAUACCAAGUGUCACAUGCUUAGGUCCUUAGACUUAGGUCAGUAUUCCAGCAGGCGUUUCAAUACACAAGCCGUGAUCAAUGAUAAAGUUCUGGAAUACCGACCGUAAACUGCGAACAUUCCUGUGAAUUAUGAAAGACAAUCAUGUACACAUAUAAUAAAUUAAGUGUAAUUAAAAAAUACAAUUUAGAAUAAUUUAAUAGUUAUUAUUUAAUUUAUUUGGUAAGCAGUUCAUUUAUUUUAUUUUUCUUGUUUUAUAUUAUUGCUGUUUUAAUAUUUUUUCUCGACAUGAGUUUUUCUAGGCUAAUAGACUUAAAAAUAUAAAAUGAGAUCUUUUUUUACUUAUGUUCUAAUGUACCAACAAAACUACAAGUAAAUAUUGAACUGCUACUAUGGUACUGAAUAGAGCAAGAUUUAUGAUGUUACUGUUUUCAUGAAAUAUUUUCAACCAUGGCGUGGAUCAAAUGUCUUAAACAAAUGUCUUGUACACUGACCUGUAUAAAUACCACUGGUCAGGCUGUUCCGUUCGACAGCAAUUUUUUGUGCCUAUUUGAAGCAACACUCGCGAGCGUAAAGAGAACUAAUUUUGACGUAUAAGUAAUAAAAAUAUCUGCGAAGAAACGUACAAUACUCUGAAGUAUUUGUGCAUUUUGAAUUAAUUUCGUUCGUUUUCUGUGUUAUAUAUACUUCUAGAAUCAAAGUAAUAAAGUACACAAUUUUUUUGUAAAUAGUUUCACACCAUCUAUCGAUGUUUGCUGAGGUUGUCAUUACUAGUUUUAGUACCUAUAGUAGCAGACUCUCGCUACACAAAAACACUUUGACAGCUGCCAGUCCAGUGGUAUAUAAUAGAGGUCAGUGCUUGUGUAUAAUUGGCUUAACUAUUAAUUUAUUAUUAAAUUAAGCACAUUACCAAGAGGUCAAUCACAGUAUGUAUGGCCGUAAGUAUUGUAAAUAUUAGAACCUGUGAUUUUGGUACCGUCCGUCCGCGCGACGGCUUAUAAGAAAUUCAAUUGUGAAUUUAUUCGCAGAAACUCAAGAUAUUAUUUCUACGUGAAACCAACUUGAGUAUAAGGCUGAGAUCUAUAGAGCGUACUUAGACCUUACUUACGUAAAACUUAGCUGACUGUGAUAAAACGCGAACUUGGCUUAUGCAUUGAGCUGUCUUAGCUUAAGCUCAGCAUAAAUUCGGAUGUUAAUUGACUAUUGAAAUGUUUCAAUCAAAUCAAAGAUUACGGUUACGUUAAGCUUAGCAAAUUUUUACGUAAGUAAAGUCUAAGUACACUAUAUAGAUCUUAGUCUAAGAGCCUUUGGUCAGUAUUCCAGACAUAGUCUCAGUAUGUAAGCACGAUCAAGCAUAUUGUUGGAUUACGUAUUGAGAUGCCUUUCGGAAUACUGACAUAAAACUGUCAAACGGCUGUCAAAGUUGAACAUAUUAUACGCAAAUGUAAUUAAUAUAAAUAAAUGCAUAAAAUAGGUUUUUGUAUUCAUUAGUUUACGGAAUUUCAUCACAUUACUAAGCUAUUUCGCGUGAGGCGCGCUUAUGAGCACAGGGUGUAUAAUUUAUUAUUUUAAGUAGCAAGUGAUUAGAAUAAGUUUAAUUCUAUUGUAAGUUUGUUAAGACUUUUAAAUCAUGAUUUUUAUGGAUAUUUAUUGAGAUAAAUUUUAAAAUACAGCAUUGUAAUAACAUUAUUAUAGGUUGCACAGGUUUUUAUCUCAAGUCAUGAUUUAUUAUCGAAUAAAUGCUUAUUCUUUAAUUAAUUUUUAUUAUACUACUUCAAAUUAUAUUCAAUUUUACUUAUUUUAUAUUUACUGCACCCCAUAGGUAGGCUUCUAACCAAUUACUAUAUUAGUAUCAUCUAGAAAUGUUUAUUAUGAUUCUUAGAUUGUUAAAGCACAAAUUCACUGUUAUUUAGUGUUAUUAUAUUAACUUAUGGACUUCUUAGUUAGUUAUGACAAAAAAAUGUUGCAAGCAUUUUAUGUACGUACUUUAUGUGUAUUACGACAAAAUAUAUUAAUUUAAAAGUGUGUUAAAUUUACAGGUAAAUACAUCUAUAGUUUCUUCAUAUUUAUUUAAAUUUAAUAUAACUUAUAAUUUACUUAAAUACACAAUAUCAAAUUAUCAAAACUACGUUGAUUUGUACUAUAAGUACAUGUCUAUUUUUCGUUAGGAAUGCAUAUGUUAUAUUAUUAUAUGUUCUGAAAUAAAUUUAUACUGUCCCACAGUAUAUUAAAAUUUAUUUAAUUUAGCUAUGUGGUUAAAUAGUAUCUAACAGUGCGCAUAAAUAAUGCAUGUGCAAAAGUAAUAAUAAAAUUAGAAAUUUUGUCUGUGAUCGAAAUUUUAUAAUGUUAGUCUGAACACAAACGCACUUAAGAUGCCCCUAAUUAUGCAUUCUGUAUUUCGUUUGAGUCAUUUUCAAAACUUUUUUGACCUAAAAUCAAACUAUAUAAAAUCAAAUGAUAAAAUAAUUUAUUAUAUCCUUUCAUUAUACAGAUAUAAAUAAAAUACAUACUUUAGUCCUUGUAUACUUCCAAGUGUCUGUCAAUGUCAAUUCAUCUCAUCUCCAAAACAAUAGGCUCACACUUAUUUUAGUAUUUCAAAAUGUCCGCGACAGUAUAUAUAUUUACGUGUUAUAUGAUACUCAAUUAUAAAAUUCAAAUUAAUGAAAUUAUGGUAUAUUUAGCGUGUUGCUAUUAUGGCGAUAUUAAAUGAACACACGGGAAUAAUUCUAAAAUUUAAAGAAAAUAAUCGAAAUUUACAAACAAAGUACUUAUUUCACAUAAAUUUCAUAUAAAUUCACCUUACGUGGUCGCAUUAUACGGCACGAUGUAGGUGUCAGUACCUCCGAGAGCGCGCGACUACUAGAUGAUAUUAGGGAAACUUGAUUAUGCAUUAAGUAUUAUAAGAAUUAAUUAUGUAUUUUAUUUUUGAAUAUUUUUUUAUAAUUAAGUAUUAUAAAUACGGUUAAAUAGUUCUACCCGUGCGUUUAUUUAAUGUCAGAAUUGUGGCACUACGUUGUAUAUGUUUCAAUAUUAAUUACAUCACGUCGCCAUUAUUGUUUUUUUUUAUUUUUGUGACAUUUAGACAUUAUGUGACUACACCAUUCACCCUUAUAUAAUUUUUACAUCUAGAUUGACUGUGAGAGCAGUGAACACGUCGAACUGUUAUCCUCUAUUUUCAGCAAACACUAAAACAACGUGAGAUACGUAUCGCGAGUGUAAGACGUAGCUUAUCACGCACACUAAAGUAAUGCCUGUUGUCGUUGUAUUAGAGCAGGAAUCAUACACUUUUUCGGAUUUUAUUGUUCGUGCCCGUUUAAUACAUGUAUCAAUGUUAAAUACGGAAUGCAAAAUUUUGGGGUAAAUUAUUGUAUCUAAUUAUUAUUUAUUUAAUAUUUUGUAAUCUUGUCUUGCUCUUCAUGUUUUGUUACACGAAAAUAUGGGCAUGUUGCGAGUUAUUAUAAUAAUUAAAUAAGAAUAUAAGGUAGGUAAAAUAAUUGAAAUUCAUGAUGUGUAAUAUUACCAAAUAUUAUUAUUCAUUUGAAAAAAGAACUGCGUUUUUUUCUUAAUUUAUUCUCAUCGUCGAUAAUUACACAGUAUGCGAUAGCUUUUAUAGAUAUCUACUAGAAUAUUAACAAUCAAGCACCUUGAUAGAUAGAUAACUGCUAAUUUUUAAUUUAUGUAUAAUGAUCCAAAGCCAGUUUUACAUUCCUUUCAACAACUAAAGCUUCGGUUCAUAUCAAUAUCGAGUUUGAAUGGAUGCAAUAAAAUUGUAUAGCUGAUUGUUUAAAAUCAAAAUAUAUAAGUACCUACCGUAUUUUAGAAUCUACUUAACAAUGUAAUCGCUACUUUAGAAACAUAUAACAUAAUAUGUAUUCAUAUACAUAUACAUAUUAUGUAUACAUAUACAUAUUAUGUCAUAUGUUUCUAAAGUAGCGAUUACAUUGUUAAGUAGGGUACAUACCCUAAAUGGCGUAAUAUACGAGAAAAUUGAAUAAUAUUCAAGAUUAAAACUUGAGACAGAUUCUAUUAAACGGUCUGGUGAGACUGGAUUUUGAGUGACUUGCAUCCUAACUAAACCAUUAUAAUAUAAAUUGUUAAGUAUUGAUAUUUUGGUUCCUAAUUUAAUAUUAUAAAUUUUACGCCCGAGCAAUAGAUAAUUUAUUUACCACUCUAUUCAUCGCUGUAAAUUUUUCGUCAAUUUUAUUGGCCGCUCUGAAGAAUGCAGCAAUGUAUUUCCACCUUGCGGAAAUUCACAUUUGCGCUGCAGGUACGAGUGGCCAAUGAUAUUAACACUAUCACUCAGAUCUGUAUAAUAUAUGUGAUACGCAUUCCGUUAAUAUUAAAUAAACAGCACAUUAGCUAAUAUCUUAUAGACAUCUGUGAAAGUUUUAUAAGCAGCGAAAUGUACUCUUCGAGUAUGUUAUUCAAAAAAAUAAAUUAAAAUAUCACGCACAUGCGA